AUGGAGGGUGAAGAUGUGAAAUUGAAGAUAGUUAUGAUACCAUUCUUAGCCUAUGGUCACAUCUCUCCCUUCUUGGAACUAGCUAAACAACUCGCAAAAAGAAGCUUCAAUAUUUAUCUUUGUUCUACACCUAUCAACCUUGCUUCUAUCAGCAACAGAGUUGAUGAAAGUGAUCACAUUCAACUAGUGGAGCUUCAUCUUCCUUCUUCUCCAGAACUACCUCCUUGUUAUCAUUCCACAAAAGGCCUACCGCGCAAUCUCCACGCGUUCCUUCUUGAAGCUUUCGAUAAGGCUGCUCCGGCCUUUAGGAAAAUCCUCAGAGAUAUUAAGCCUGAUUUGGUUAUUUAUGAUUUCAUGCCUUAUUGGCCUGCAGAGGUUGCUUUGUGUCUUAAUAUUCCGGCUGUUUAUUUUUUAACAAGCUCUGCAGCAAUCUCUUGCCUAGUCGCGCAUUUCUACAAAAGGACAGGGGAGAGAUUUCCCUUCCUAGAGCUUGUUGAUGGUUCUGUUUGUCCAUCUGAGGUUUCAGAAGAUGCAGACAAGAUGUUCCAGAACUUUAUGUUGUGCUUUGAACGAUCCUGCGACGUUGUCCUGAUUAAGAGUUUUAGGGAACUUGAAGGGAAAUAUAUUGAUCUUCUGUCAGAAGUGGUGGAGAAGAAUGUGAUGCCUGUUGGUUCACUUGUUUGUGAACCAACUGACAGUGAGGUUCAGAACUUGAAGAAUAUCAUGGAUUGGCUCGACAGAAAGGAGAAAUCUUCAGUGGUGUUUGUUUGCUUUGGGAGUGAGCUUUGUUUUUCUUCAGAAGAACUGAUAGAGAUGGCAAAUGCACUAGAGAAAACCAAGUGUAAUUUCAUAUGGGCUGUGAGAUUUCCUCAGGAGAAGAAUGGAAGUGCAUUACUACCCGAGGGCUUUGUCGAAAGGGUAGGAGAUUCAGGACUGAUUUUGGAGGGAUGGGCGCCUCAGACAAAGAUUUUGGGACAUCCAAGCACUGGGGCAUUUCUCAGUCAUUGUGGAUGGAGUUCUUUCAAUGAAAGCAUGAAAUUUGGGGUGCCAAUUAUUGGCAUGCCCAUUCAGAUGGAUGAGCCUGUAGUUGCUAAUCUUGCUGUCGCGAUUGGGGCUGGUGUGCAGGUAAGGAGAGACAGUGAAGGGAAAUUCACAGGAGAUGAGAUUGCUGAUGCUAUAAGAAAGGCGUUGGCUGAAGGAAGCGGGGAAGUUCUGAGGAGGAAAGCCAGGGAGUUGAGUUUAUUCAUGAAGGAGAAUGGAGAGGAAGAUAUCAACAAUGCUGUGGAGAAGUUGGUGCAGAUUUGCAGGAAGAAGAUAGAAACACACCAGUAGGUGUUCUGUACUACUCUUUUCCUUUAUGAAGUACGUGUUAGCAUCGUAGAUCAU